GUAGCCUGGAGUCUCUGAGACUCCAUACUUCCUGAGCACCAUCUCUUCAUCUCCGAAGACUCCAGACAUAGAGUCACUCCAUGCAACCCAGAAAGUUGAAGCUAUUGGAUCCAUCUCAGGCUGAUCUUGACAUCUUUCCUGCUCUGCUCUCUUCAACCAGACUUCUGUAUUUCUCUGUGGAAGAAGACUAAAAAUGGUGUUUCCAAUGUGGACAUUGAAGAGACAGUUCCUUAUCUUUUUAAACAUAAUCCUAAUUUCCAAACUCCUUGGAGCUAGAUGGUUUCCUAAAACUCUGCCCUGUGAUGUCAGUCUGGAUGCUCCAAAGGCCCAUGUGAUCGUGGACUGCACCGACAAGCAUUUGACAGAAAUCCCUGGAGGUAUUCCCACCAAUGCCACCAACCUCACCCUCACCAUUAACCACAUACCCAGCAUCUCUCCAGCCUCCUUCCACCAGCUGGACUAUUUGGUCGAGAUCGAUUUCAGAUGCAACUGUAUACCUGUUCGACUAGGGCCCAAAGACCAUCUGUGCACCAGGAGGCCACAGAUUAAACCCAGAAGCUUUAGUAGACUCACUUAUUUGAAAUCCCUUUAUCUGGAUGGAAACCAGCUUCUAGAAAUACCUGAGGGUCUUCCUCCCAACCUGCAGCUGCUGAGCCUUGAGGCCAACAGUAUCUUUUCUAUCAUGAAAAAUAACCUAACAGAACUGACCAAUAUAGAAAAGCUCUACUUGGGCCAAAACUGCUAUUUUCGCAACCCUUGUAACAUUUCGUUUUUCAUCGAAAAAGAUGCUUUCCUAAGUCUGAAAAAUCUAAAAUUGCUCUCCCUAAAAGAUAACAAUAUCACAUAUGUCCCUACUACUUUGCCAUCUACUUUAAUAGAACUCUAUCUUUAUAACAACGCCAUUGCAAAAAUCCAAGAAGAGGACUUUAAUAACCUCCAUCAACUGCAACUUCUUGACCUAAGUGGAAAUUGCCCUCGUUGUUACAAUGUUCCAUUUCCUUGUACGCCCUGUGAAAAUAAUUCUCCCCUACAGAUCCACCCAUCGGCUUUCGACGCACUGACAGAAUUACAAGUGUUACGUCUGCACAGUAACUCUCUUCAGCAUGUGCCCCAAAGAUGGUUUAAAAAUGUUAAAAAACUGAAGGAGCUAGAUCUUUCCCAAAACUUCUUGGCCAGAGAAAUUGGGGAUGCCAAAUUUUUGUAUCUUCUUCACGACCUUGUCCAGUUGGAUCUGUCUUUCAAUUAUGAACUUCAAGUCUAUCGUGCAGCUCUGAAUCUGUCAAAUGCAUUUUCUUCACUGAAAAAUCUGAAAGUGUUGCGGAUCAAAGGAUACGUUUUUAAGGAGCUGAGCAGCCAUAAUCUAUCCCCAUUACAGAGCCUUUCCAAUCUUGAAGUUCUUGAUCUUGGCACUAACUUCAUAAAAAUUGCAGACCUCAGCCUAUUUGAACAAUUCAAAACAUUGAAAGUCAUAGAUCUUUCAAUGAAUAAAAUAUCACCCUCAGGAGAUUCAAGCGAAGUUGGCUUCUGCUCUAGCACCAGAACUUCUGUAGAAGGUCAUGCACCUCAGGUCCUCGAAACAUUACAUUAUUUCAGAUACGACGAGUACGCAAGGAGUUGCAGGUUCAAAAACAAAGAGACUCCUUCUUUUUUGCCUUUUAAUAAAGAUUGUUACAGGUACGGGCAGACCUUGGACCUAAGUAGAAACAAUAUAUUUUUUAUCAAGUCCUCUGAUUUUCGGCAUCUUUCUUUCCUCAAAUGCCUAAAUUUGUCAGGAAAUACCAUUGGCCAAACUCUCAAUGGCAGUGAAUUCCAGCCUUUAGUGGACUUGAAAUACUUGGACUUCUCGAACAACCGGCUUGAUUUACUCUACUCAACAGCAUUUGAGGAGCUACGCAAUCUGGAAGUUCUAGAUAUUAGCAGUAACAGCCAUUACUUUCAAUCAGAAGGAAUUACUCACAUGUUAAACUUUACCAAGAACCUAAAAGUUCUGAAGAAACUGAUGAUGAACUACAAUGACAUCGCUACCUCCACCAGCAGGACCAUGGAGAGUGAGUCUCUUAGAAUUCUGGAAUUCAGAGGAAAUCAUUUGGAUGUUUUAUGGAGAGAUGGUGAUAACAGAUACUUAAAAUUCUUCAAGAAUCUGCUGAACCUAGAGGAAUUAGACAUCUCUGAAAAUUCCCUGACUUUCUUGCCUUCUGAAGUUUUUGAUGGCAUGCCUCCAAAUCUAAAGACUCUCUCCUUGGUCAAAAAUGGGCUCACAUCCUUCACCUGGGAAAGACUCCAGUAUCUGAAGAGUCUAGAAACUUUAGACCUCAGCUACAACAAGCUGAAGACUGUCCCUGACAGAUUAUACAACUGUUCCAGAAGCCUCAAGAAACUGAUUCUUAAGUAUAAUCAAAUCAGGCAUCUGACAAAGUAUUUUCUACAAGAUGCUUUCCAGUUGCGGUAUCUGGACCUCAGCUCAAAUAAAAUCCAGAUUAUCCAAAAGACUAGCUUUCCAGAAAAUGUCCUCAACAAUCUGGAGAUGUUACUUUUGCAUCACAAUCAGUUUCUGUGCACCUGUGAUGCUGUGUGGUUUGUCUGGUGGGUUAACCAUACAGAGGUGAUCAUUCCUUACUUGGCCACGGAUGUGACUUGUGUGGGGCCAGGAGCACACAAGGGCCAGAGUGUAGUCUCUCUGGAUCUGUAUACCUGUGAGUUAGAUCUGACUAAUCUGAUUCUGUUCUCACUUUCCCUGUCGGUGGCUCUUUCUGUAAUGGUGAUUACAACGGCAAACCACCUCUACUUCUGGGAUGUGUGGUAUAGUUACCAUUUCUGUAAGGCCAAAAUAAAGGGGUAUCGGCGUCUGACAUCCCUGGAUUCUUGCUAUGAUGCUUUUGUUGUGUAUGACAGUAAAGAUCCCGCAGUGACAGAGUGGGUUUUGGAUGAGCUGGUGGCCAAGUUGGAAGACCCGAGAGAGAAACAUUUUAAUUUAUGUCUUGAGGAAAGGGAUUGGUUACCAGGGCAGCCAGUUUUGGAAAACCUUUCCCAGAGCAUACAGCUUAGCAAAAAGACGGUGUUUGUGAUGACAAACAAGUACGCAAAGACUGAGAACUUUAAGAUAGCAUUUUACUUGUCCCAUCAGAGGCUCAUGGAUGAAAAAUUGGACGUCAUUAUCUUGAUAUUCCUUGAGAAGCCCCUUCAGAAAUCCAAGUUCCUCCAGCUCCGGAAAAGGCUCUGUAAGAGCUCUGUCCUUGAGUGGCCAACAAACCCACAGGCUCACCCGUACUUCUGGCAGUGUCUGAAAAAUGCCCUGGCCACAGACAAUCAUGUGACCUAUAGUCAGGUGUUCAAAGAGACGGUCUAGCCCUUCUUUGCAAAAUGGGACUGCCUAACUUACCCAGGAGAAGGUUGGCUGCCUAGAUUUUCCAAUAAAUGGCUCACUAGAAGGGUGUUUUCCAAUUCUCUUAAGACCGGGAUGGUCCGUAUCAGAGAGGAGAGUCACAGUGACAAAGAAAUUGGAACAGUGGACUUUGUAUAAUGCACUGAGUCAUCUUUUCUUAUCUCUCUGUGACUCCAUUUGCACUUGAGCCUCUCCUUUCUGUUCCUGGAUAGAUACUAUUGGGAGAAGACCGGCAAGGAAGAGGACACGAGGCUCUGA